CUGUCUGUCUGUUGUAUGUCUGUGGGCUGCUAGUGGUGCAGAGAAUCCUUACCCAGGACCACCACCACUCACCAGAUCCAUGGAUGUAACCUGACCCUGUAUUCUGGGCCUUUGCAUGGUCGGGAAGAAGCAGGACUUUUUUUUCCUCCUCCAGGCAGGGUGGGGUGGGUGGCUUUUUGAGGGUUAGUAUUGUUGUGACUGUUUGUUGCAGGAUGGAAGGAAGAAGGGAAAGGUUUGGCUAGUGGCUGGAGAGGGACGGAAGCAAGAGGGUGAUCCCCUCAUCAGAAUAGAAGCAGGACCAUGGGAGAUAUGAAAACGCCAGACUUCGAUGACCUGCUGGCGGCCUUCGACAUCCCAGACAUGGUGGAUCCUAAAACUGCUAUUGAAUCUGGCCCCAACAAUGACCAUGAUGGACAGGUCAAGCAACCUAGUGGUCGAGUGACUACCAAUGAAGAGGAGUCCCACAACCCCUCAACAGGACAAGACAUUGGCGUUAGUGUCAUUGUCAAGAACAUCCGAAACACAGACACUAGUAAGCAUGGUGAAAUCAUAUCAGAGGAGGGUGGUCAUUUCCACCCCCAACCCAAUUCUGGUUGCACUGGAAAUGGACUUCAUAAUGGCUUCUUGAAGAAUGGAUGGAUAGCUCCCAGGGAGAAAAAACAACCAGUUAACAAUAAAUCACCUACCUUUAAUCAGUUCAGCCCCAUUUCCAGUGCUGAAGAGUUCGAUGAUGAUGAUAAAAUUGAGGUAGAUGACCCCAUGGACAAACAGGGAGGUCAGUCAUUCUUUAGAUCCACUACUAGGACAGAGGACCAGAAUCCCAAAUAUUCUGUAUCAGUGGACAAUGUUUCUCAGCCCGGAGCAAAUGGAAACCAAAACCCUGAUCAAUACAAGAACACAGAUGGCACUCUGGGAGGUUCAAAGUCUAACGAGCCCCCUCAAUCAAGCUUACAUGAGGGGGAACAUCUAAAGGGAACUGUACCCAAGUAUCAAGGUCUGGAGUGCAAUGAGGCUGAAGAGCCAAUGGGGCUUGUAAAUGUGUCCAGUAUGUCUCAAGUCAAAGCCAAGUCCUCUGCAAAACUUUCAUCUUGUAUAGCAGCCAUUGCAGCCCUGAGUGCCAAAAAGGUUUGUGCUACAGACUUGGUUUUUUUGGAUUGUCCUACAACACAAAAAGAAGCCACUCCGAUUAAUACAAAUCCAAGAGCUCCAGAGAAGCCACAUGAGCAGGAGUCAGCCCUAGAAUUUGCAAAGAGGCUGCUAACAAAACAACCAGAGAGCCCCUCUAGUGUCAUCAGUGAGGGUAGCAGCAAAGAUUCCCCUGCCUCAAGCACAGACACCCCGGUCAUCCCAAAAGUCAGGAUCAAAACAAUCAAGACGUCUUCCGGCCAGAUCAAGCGUACUGUCACCCGAGUUGUACCAGAGUUUGAUCCUGAAGGUCUGAAAAAAGACGAGAAUAGCCUUCUUGUCAUUGCAACCACCAGUGCAAAUUCCUCAUCUACUACCACAGUAUUAGCCACCACUGGAGGCCCUUCAAUUGAAAUAGCCAAGCAAAUGACUAUUAAACCAGUGGCGACCGCUUUCCUGCCCGUCUCAGCAGUCAAGACAGCCGGUUCCAAGGUCAUCAACCUGAAGCUAGCUAACAACACCACAGUCAAAGCAACAGUCAUCCCCGCUGCGUCAGUGCAGAGUGCCAGCAGUGCCAUCUUGAAAGCUGCUAAUGCCAUCCAGCAACAGACUGUCAUGGUACCUGCUUCCAGUCUGGCUAAUCCCAAACUUGUGCCAAAGACUGUCCAUUUUAGUAAGCUCAAUCUUCAGCCUCAGACUGUAUCCUCUGCUGUCUGUGAUCUCAAACAAGCCCUGUCCUCCUCAAGACAUCCACAGCAAGUCAAACAGCAGACAAUUAUGGCUGGCCGGACCUCAAAAAAAGUCUCUAGGAUUCAAGUGUUCACCAGCUCUCAAAGCUCUGUAGUGGACGCCUUCAACAAAGUCCUGAGUAGCAUAAAUCCUGUCCCUGUGUAUGUCCCGAACCUCUCUCCGCCAACCUCAGCUUGUAUCUCGCUACCCUCACGUGGCUACAAGUGCCUGGAGUGUGGAGAUUCAUUUGCUCUUGAGAGAAGCUUGACACAUCACUACGAACGUCGUAGUGUGCGGAUUGAGGUCACCUGUAACCACUGUGCCAAAAGUCUAGUGUUCUACAACAAAUGCAGCCUCUUGUCUCAUGCCAGGGGCCACAAGGACAAAGGGGUUGUCAUGCAGUGCUCACAUCUAAUCCUAAAACCCAUCCCUGCAGAUCAGAUGAUAACCACAACACCCUCAUCAGCCCCACCCAACAUUACUGGCACCACUCCCAACCUCCAAGCACAAACAUCCACAAGUCAAAUCUCAGGGAGAGUUGCUGGUGGAGGGUCCCAAAGUACAGUGAUUUCAGCUCCAUGCAGUGCUUCUCUUGUGGCAGCCAUGCCGUUAGAGUAUGAUGCAUCAAAGCUCUGCAGGCACAGUCUAAAGUGCUUGGAGUGUAACAAAAUGUUUCAGGAUGACAGCUUGCUAGCUAUGCACUACCAACAGGCACCAGAGUCCAGUGGGCAGAAAACAUGCUCCAUCUGCCAAAUGCUUCUCCCAAAUCAGUGCAGCUUUCUGUCACACCAGCGAAUCCACCAGCACAAGUCUCCUUACAUCUGCCCUGAGUGUGGUGCCAGCUGCCGAUCUGUCCACUUCCAAUCACAUGUCACCAAGAACUGCCUGCAUUACACCCGUAGAGUCGGCUACCGCUGUAUCCACUGUAGUGUGAUAUUCGCUGAUGUAGCAACUCUAAAAUCCCACAUCCAGAGUUCUCACUGCGAGAUCUUCUAUAAAUGUCCUCUCUGCCCCAUGGCCUUCAAGUCUGCGCCUGCAACCCAAUCCCAUGUGAACACACAGCAUCCAGGAAUAAAGGCAGGAGAACCCAAGGUGAUCUAUAAGUGUUCCAUGUGUGAUACCGUGUUCACUUUGCAGUCCCUGCUCUACACUCACUUUGACCAGCACAUUGUAAAUCAUAAAGUUUCAGUUUUCAAAUGCCCCGACUGCUCCAUGCACUAUGCACAGAAACAGCUAAUGUUGGACCAUAUCAAGGCCAUCCAUGGUACCCUGAAGACUAUCGAGGGUCCACCAAACUUGGGCAUACACCUCCCCCUCAGCACCAAGCCCACUAACUCUAAUAGUGCCAACAGCAACAGCCCUAGUAAUAAUAAUAAUAAUAAAAAAGAUAGAGGAAAUGUCAGUGGUCAAGACAAGGGAGAAAAGAGGCGUUCACCUUCACCUAUGAAGAAAACAAACAGUAAUUGCUCAGCGGAUCUCAAGAACCCUCCCGGCUCAGGAUAUAUAUGUAGAGACUGCAGUGGCCUCUUCAGUUCCAGGGAGGACUUUGUGGCUCACAUGAGGCGCGAACAUGGCAAGAUACUGAAGAAACACCCAUGUCGGCAGUGUGACAAGUCAUUCAGCUCCUCCCACAGUCUUUGCCGACACAACCGUCUCAAACACAAGGGACUGCGGAAGGUCUACACCUGCCCGCACUGCCCAGCUCUCAGUCAACCGUUCACAAAAAGAGUGCUGCUGGAUCAGCACAUUCAUCUAAUGCAUAAAGUCAAAGACCCAGAGGGGAAGGCGGUCAACUCUGAUAAUAUCGAGGCUUUACCUGACAAAGAAACGACCUUCAGCCCCAAAAGGAAGCCAGAAGAGGAUGAGGGGUCUCCAGGAUUGAACUGCAGGGGCUCCGACUCACAGCCGUUGAAGAGGCUCAAGGUGAACAUCCUUAAAGUUCACAAGUGUGCCGUCUGCGGCUUCACCACUGAGGACAUUGGGGCUUUCCAUGAGCACAUUCCCCAGCACAAGUCCGAUGGCUCGUCCUACCAGUGUCAGGAGUGCGGCCUGUGCUACACCUCCCACCGCUCGCUGGCCCGACACCUUUUUAUCGUCCAUCGGCUGAAGGAGCCGCAGGGCCUCGCCCGAUACAACGCACGGGGCAAGGACGACGAUGAGAGUCAGAGAGAGAACCAGCUGAAUGACGGGACACCAAAUACCAAAUGCAAAGUGUGCGGGAAGAUGUUUGAAACGGAGGGAAACCUGAAUACCCACAUGAGGACACAUGGGAUGGCGUUCAUAAAGUCUAAGAGACUGAGCGCCGCUGAGAAGUGACACUUUUAAACCAUUCCAUUUAAAGCACUGUAGUUUAAAACUUACAGUUUGUUAGCGUGCUGCAGACAACCUUCAGUAUAUUACAGUAUACUGUAUACACAAUGUACAUGUAAGGUACUACAAUACAGUAUACACACACAGAUAUGUAUUAUAUAUACAGUGUGUGUGUAUAUUAUAAAUAUAAAUGUCAUAGUCACUUUGUGUCUUUAAGUAAAUUGAACCAGAUAGUUUUUGUACACACAUAGAUGUUUCUAUAGGCUUUGAAUAUAUCUUUUUUAUAGAAAGAGCUUUUUAAUUUUAAACAGUUUCCAUUAUUCUCACUAGGGCUAGAUCAUGUAUGGAUAUAUUGUUGUAAUGGGAUUAAUCCUCAUACAGUCAGCAGUGUUCUGUUUGCAAUGCUGCUAAUGUCAAAUGAAUGUCUGAAAGAAAAAUAUACAUAUAACUUUUGGGAGCCUCAGGUUUCCCCAGUACAGUACAUAUUACCCCCGCUAAGGUUUUUUUAAUUUCAUGGAUAACUUGCCUCAUAUUUCUCUCUGAGCUCUCCUCGGCUUUUACAAUGGUCUGGUCUCCUCCUAAUACAUCCUGAAACUAUUGAUCCUAAAACAAAAUCUCU